GUCAAUCCGUCCAUCAUGAGUCAAUAUGUGCAUGUUCCCAAAUCUGAGCUCGACGAGGCUCAGUUGCGUGCUCUCGAGGAAUUCGAAAUCAGCCAAGGCCCCUUGUCCGUCCUUCAGCAAGCUGUCAGGAACCACACGCAAGUCCUCAUCUCUCUACGAAACAACAAAAAACUGCUUGCUCGUGUGAAGGCAUUUGACAGACAUAGCAAUAUGGUCCUCGAGAACGUCAAGGAGAUGUGGACAGAGAUGCCGAAGGGUAAGAACAAAAAGCCCGUGAACAAGGAUCGCUUUAUUAGUAAGAUGUUCUUACGCGGUGAUUCGGUAAUUCUGAUCCUCCGCAACACCGCAUGAAAGACGUGGUAUCUUUGCGCCCCAGUGGCGCGAAUCUCCGUUGCUUGACUGCCACACCAGAUCCAGAAGUGAAAAUUCGAACGGAGGAAUAUUCGCUGCUUUGUGAGUUGGACGCUUUGUAUGUAUAGUACACUUUACACGAUUCCGAUACAAUGUAUCAUGCGCAUCCCAGAGCCAACGAAUGGGCAUGCUCCUGCUUC